AUGAGACAUGCUAUUGCAUAUCGUCAUAUGCUGACUGUCGGUUGUUUGUUGGCGAUAGCAAUCUUCCAUGCUUGGGUACAUUUCAUCGGAUUUUAUUCAUAUUCAACACGGGAACAAAUUUGUCGUGCCGCUUUCCUGCGUGCAAGAAAUGCAUUUGCAGCAGAAGAACGUGCUAUUCAAGAGAAUGCUAGGCUUAUGGAUUUACUGCAAACUUCGGUACCAUCACAUUUGGUACAUACAGCGCGUCAACAAUUUGCUAAAUCUCCACCAACGAUAUAUACAGAACAUUAUAAUCAAACUAGUGUCGUAUAUUGUCGCUUGGUUGGUUUGGAAGAUAUUUUGUCAUGCUGUAGUGCGCAAGAUUCAGCACAACUGUUGAAUGAAUUCAACUCUCGAAUAGAUCAAAUUAUCAAAAAAUGUGGUUGCAUUCGUUUGCAGUCAGAUGGUAUCCUCGUAAUUUCGGGUAUACCAGCAGCACGUGAUGAUCAUCUUAAGAAUGCAAUCUCUUUUGCUUGUGAUUUGCAAGCACUUAUAAGGAGUUUUUGCGAUGCAACAAUUGUGGAUUUGCAAUUGCGUUGCGGAAUUGAAUGUGGUGCCGUAUCAUGCGGAAUAUUCGGUUUAACGAAAUGGCAUUAUGAUGCGAUUGGAUAUCCGAUCGAAGAAGCUGUUAAUAUUGAACGUAUCGCUCCAGAAAGUGGAAUAUAUAUAGCAGAAGCAGCAAAACGUCAAGCUGAAUGCAAUUUUCGAUUUGAAAAAUGUGGACAACUCUGGCGUAUUGCAAAUGAUCAGCAUUAUUAUGGUGCUAGCAGUUUGCCAUCAUCAAUACUAUUUCCGAAUUUGAAACGAUUUUCAUUAAUUACUGUACCACAAGCAAUUAACAGGCUAUUACAAACAAUAUCAUCAGCUAAUGAUACUUUAUUAAAAAAUAAUGCUACGAUGGGUGGACGUCGGAAAAAACGAAUGGACAAAUUGGCGCUAAUAAAUGAAAAAAAAAGUACUGAUAAAGACAAUAAUGGCAGAAGUGUGAUGCACUAUUGGUUAUUAUGCUUUCGAAAUCAACAGAUGGAAAAAGCGUAUCAAGUGCAAUUUGAUCAAUGGUUUGUGCCAGCAUUAGCUAUUAGUAUAUUUUUUCUCGUUAUUUAUGGCAUUUAUCAUGUUUUGGUUUUGCCAAGGCAAAUUUCAACGCUUAUCAUGAUUAUAAUAUCACUGGCUAUCAUUUUUAUGAUAUUACUUACGCUUUAUGCAAAUUUCUUUCAAUUUUCCUGUCCACAACAUUCGAAUUUAACACCAUUAGAUGAAUGCGGAAUUGUACAUUUUUCACAGCUCAAUUGUGCCUUUUGGAUGCUUGCCACAUCUGUUUUCAUACGUUUUCCAUCAUUGGUAUUAUUUGGUACAUUGCUAAUUGCAUUUGCUGUAUAUUCUUGCCAUACAUUUAUCACGCAUCCGAUGCUUUACGUCAAUUACGCGCAAUUUGUUAC